AUGAAUCUAAUUAAUUGUGGGACAAUAAAAAAGAGUUUGGGACAAGGGAAGAAUAAGAAAACUCAGCCACAACAGAGUUUGGGGAAAGAGAAGAAUAAGAAAACUCAGCCACAAGUUGAAAUCCAGAAUGAAGCUGCACCUGAGGAUAAUAUUGCAGCCCAAGCUGUCUCAAAUUCUUCCACAAGUGGUCUUCCUUCAUUGGAUGAACGAUUGUCUAUAUAUGCAUCUGUGAUGAUACGAAUGGGAAGAAUGAUGGAGGAAUUUGGAAAUACUCAAAAUGCAUUAAAGGAGUCUCUCAAGUUUCAGGCUGAGUAUACAGUUUACUUUGGAUCAUGGAUUAUACAGUUUAUUGAAUUUUCUGUAAGUAGCCAGCUUCCAGUGCUGUCAGGUAGAGGCUGCAGGAUCAAAGAGGUCUUCGUUUGCGCACUAAGAUUGCUAUGGUAUUUGAUGAUAAAGGUUGAAUAG